AUGGACGAGGAGGUCGGCGCCGCCGGGCGGCAGCAGGUUCAGUGGAAAAGUUACUGCAGAACCCUCUCCCUCCUAGCGUUCCAGAGCUUCGGUGUGGUGUAUGGAGACUUGAGUACAUCGCCUUUGUAUGUCUACAGAAACUCAUUGUCUGGGAGACUGAACGGUUACCUUGAUGAGACAACCAUCUUUGGGUUGUUUUCUCUGGUGUUUUGGACCUUUACACUUAUUCCUUUGCUGAAGUACGUCAUAAUUGUCUUGAGUGCGGACGACAAUGGGGAAGGUGGAACCUUUGCUUUGUACUCACUUCUUUGCAGGCAUGCAAAAUUCAGUCUGCUGCCAAACCAGCAAGCAGCAGAUGAAGAGCUGUCAACUUAUUAUCACCCAGGCACUGAUCGAGCUGUGGCUUCCUCUCCAUUCAAAAGGUUUCUGGAGAAGCACAGGAAGCUGCGGACCUGUUUACUUCUGUUUGUUCUGUUUGGUGCGUGCAUGGUGAUAGGUGAUGGUGUCCUUACACCGACUAUGUCUGUUUUGUCAGCCAUCUCUGGAUUACAAGAUCCUGCCACAAGUGGACUAGGAGAUGGAUGGAUCGUACUCAUUGCAUGCGUUGUGCUUGUUGGCCUCUUUGCUCUGCAGCACCGAGGUACUCAUAGGGUGGCAUUCUUGUUUGCUCCGAUUGUUGUGCUCUGGCUCUUGAGCAUUGGUAUCAUUGGUCUAUAUAACAUCAUCCACUGGAAUCCUAGAAUAUUUGUUGCUCUUUCUCCACACUAUAUUGUAAAGUUUUUCAAGAAAACUGGAAAAGAUGGUUGGAUAUCUCUCGGCGGAGUACUUCUCGCUAUCACAGGUACUGAAGCUAUGUUUGCCGAUCUUGGCCACUUCUCCGCUGCAUCUAUCAGGUUGGCCUUUGUCGGUGUCAUAUAUCCCUGUCUUAUGCUGCAAUACAUGGGACAGGCUGCAUUUCUGUCUAAAAACAUACCAGCUGUACAUAACAGUUUUUAUCUUUCUAUUCCAAGUCCUUUAUUUUGGCCUGUGUUUGUCAUAGCAACUCUUGCUGCAAUUGUGGGCAGCCAAUCUAUUAUAUCUGCAACUUUUUCUAUCGUGAAGCAGUGCCUUGCCUUGGGAUGCUUUCCACGAGUAAAGGUUGUGCAUACUUCAAGGUGGAUCCAUGGCCAGAUUUACAUACCUGAGAUAAAUUGGAUUCUGAUGGUCCUCUGUUUAGCUACAACACUUGGCUUUCGUGACAUAACAGUGAUAGGAAAUGCUUAUGGUCUCGCGUGCAUCACUGUGAUGUUUGUCACCACCUGCCUGAUGUCAUUGGUCAUCAUCUUCGUGUGGCAGAAGAAUCUCCUCAUCUCCUUGCUAUUCCUCGUAUUCUUUGGGGCACUUGAAGCCGCCUACCUGUCUGCAGCAGUGAUGAAGGUUCCCCAGGGAGGCUGGGGUCCGAUCGCGCUGUCCGCCGUGUUCAUGUCCAUCAUGUACGUCUGGCAUUACGGCACACGGCGGAAAUACCAGUUCGACUUCCAGAACAAGGUGUCCAUGAAAUGGAUCCUGAACCUGGGCCCGAGCCUGGGCAUCAUGCGCGUGCCCGGGAUCGGCCUCAUCUACACGGAACUGGUGACGGGCGUGCCGGCCAUCUUCUCGCACUUCGUCACCAACCUGCCGGCGUUCCACCAGGUGCUGGUCUUCGUCUGCGUCAAGUCGGUGCCGGUGCCGUACGUGCCCAUGGACGAGCGGUACCUCAUCGGGCGGAUCGGGCCCAGGGAGUACCGCAUGUACCGGUGCAUCGUCAGGUACGGGUACAAGGACGUGCAGAAGGACGACGAGAACUUCGAGAACCACCUGGUGAUGAGCAUCGCCCGGUUCAUCCAGAUGGAGGCCGAGGAGUCGGCCUCGUCGGGGACGGGGAGCUACGAGUCGUCGACGGAGGGCAGGAUGGCGGUCGUGCACACCACCGACACGACGGGGACCGGGCUGGUGGUGAGGGACUCAUCCGUCGAGGACGACGCAGCAGCCACGUCCCUGUCCCUGACCAGGAGCAGCAAGUCCGAGACGCUCCGGAGCCUGCAGUCCAUCUACGAGCUGGAGGCCGUCGGCAGCGUCAGCCGCCGGCGGAGGGUGCGGUUCCAGAUCGACGAGGAGGAGCGGAUCGACCCGCAGGUGAGGGACGAGCUGUCCGACCUCCUGGAGGCCAAGGAGGCCGGCGUGGCGUACAUCAUCGGCCACUCGUACGUGAAGGCGAGGAAGAACUCCAACUUCCUCAAGACGUUCGCCAUCAACUACGCCUACUCGUUCCUCCGGAAGAACUGCAGGGGACCGUCGGUGACGCUGCACAUCCCCCACAUCAGCCUUAUUGAGGUCGGCAUGAUCUACUACGUGUAA